UGUUUACAAACAAUACGAAUCUUUGACUUCUUUGUGAAUUAAUAAUUGGUAAAAAUCUGGCUUACUUGUUGGCAACACCAAUCAGUGAUCACAAUUCGAAAUUAUAAUGAAUUUUUCUCUUUUUUAUUAUAAACACCCUUCUUCUUUUAUUUUGAAUACUGUAGAUCCUUCAUUCAUUCUUUUUAAAUCCAAUCCCAUAUAAGUUAUAACAAAAGUGAAACAAACUGAAAUGAAUGCUGAGUGAAAACAAAUUGGUAAAGGGGGUACAUAUGAAUAACUAAUUACCUGCAUUUAAAAAAAAAGUGUUAAUAGUAAAACAUUAUUAUUAUUUAAAAUUGUAUUUUAUGAAAUCAAAUAUCUGAACAUACUUAUUUCUGCUGGUUGUCUUAAAAACUGUUUGAAUGCAACUGCUUUCCUGAGUAAUCAACAGGAGUGCUACCUGUCAUCUCGUGUGAGCCACGUCGUGAGAUCGCGAUGUCCUGAGCGUCGUGCCGAUGCCAUGCUGCAGCGGGCGGUUGCGCCCCACCGCCCCUACGUGCUGCUCACCGUGCACAAGGCUGUAAAUCUAUUGGAUAAGCUAUAUGACACGUUCUUCUCUACGCAGCGUAAAGCGCAUGACAAGCACUACCCUAAACAUUAUAUCAAGAUUGAAUUUUUGGACAAACUGUGGCGGCCCGUUUUCAAGGAAUUCUAUGUAUGGCCCGAGAUAUCCAUAGAACCUGAUCCGCCUAGAGAGAAAAAGGAGAAGACAGAGUCCUUAAAACUAAACAAUCUUAAACAAAGCACAAACACAACAGGUCAGAAAAUGACCAGAAAAAAUAAACCUAAAAUUAAAGAGAAGGAAGACAAAGAGCCAAAAGGAGGCUACUGUGAAAUGUGUAACGCAGACUACGCUGAUGCUGCCUUACAUAGACGAUCCCCACAUCAUUUAGCAUUUGUCAGAGACCACACCAACUUUUUAGCACUGGACUCUUUAAUCAGCUCUGGUGCAGAUGUCACAACAUUCCUUGAUAAAGCUACACCUAUAAAUGGAGAAAGAAGAUCACUAAGAAAGAUGUGUAAUGGUGAUAUUGAACUUCCCAAACGGCGAUCCAAGAGGUCCCAAUCACCAGAUUCAACCAUGAAUGGAAGCCAAAGUCCUAAAAGGAAUGGGGGCCUAGACGAUGAGAAAAAACAUAACACUAGAUGUAGCAAGCGUACUGAAACACAAGAAGACAGACACUACUAUAAGGUAGUGAGCACUAAACUUAGAUCUAGUGGUGGAUUUCAAACCAAACGCAAGGACUCUCCUCCAGCUUGUAACGGCACUAAACCAUUAGUAGUUAAGUUCAGAAAAGUAAGACGAUCAGAGCUCUCGGUUCUGAGUGAUGAAGCAGAACAAUUUAUGUUCCCAAAACGUGCAAGUUCCACAAGUUCUACUUCAUCAGAUGAUGAAAAGGACCUCGGGUUAAGGUCAAAAAGCACACCUCAACCCCCACCGAUUUCUAUAGAAAGACGGAGAUUAGCUAGACCUGUGGCACUCAAGGAAGAAUCUUCAGAGGAAGAUAGCUGGCCUGAAGAUAAACGACGACGGAAACGACGUACACCAGUUGUAGUGAAACGAGCUCGCAGAUCCCUAACUAAACCUGUGGAAACUGUUGUGCAGCAGCCAGUACCUGAAGCUGUUAAAGACCUAACUCCACAACCAGACCCUGAUACCAACCCCUUAAGAGAAGAACCCACCGAGAAAUGUAUGAAGUGGGAAGAUGGCAAGCUGAAAUAUACACCAGCUGUCGAACAACUGGAAUUUGCCUUUGAAUCGGUUCCUCGAAGUGAACCUUGGUAUGAGACUUUCAAAAGACAAGACCAGGAUAAAGUAAUUGCUAGGAAUGUAUCACAAUAUUUUUCCGUUUUCUCGAAGUCACCAGUGUUACCAUAUGAAAUGGGUCAGUUGCCGCCUUUAAAGCCAAACUGUUGUCCUUUGAGCGAUCUAACGAAACGGGAAGACAAACCUGGGCCGUCAAGGUCCUAUGGCACGCGAGGCAUGAAAAAACAAAAAGUAAGGAAACGAACAGCAGCAGUUCUCGCACUAGAGUCACACCCGCGAAAGUCGCCGCGAGAACACGCCUCCACCCUCGCCAUCCUAGGGUCCGCCGGUCUCCUACACCGUCGCAAACAACACGACGACGCCAAGUCUACCGCCUCUGAAGACACCCUCAGCGAUGCACCUCUCAAACUUGAGCCGCCUCCUUCAGAGCUGCAUCAGGCAUCAGAGCGUCUGCAGCGGUUUUUCUCUGAAUUGUUCGAAGACACUGCCGAACUCGAAGUCGCGGACGACAUGACCGAAGGACACGCCACCUUCAAUACUCUCGCCACCGCCACCAACGCUCCCGACGUCUCCAGCCUCAUGUCUGAGUGUGAGCGCUGUGAUCUCAUCCGGAAUGAAAUCAAAGAGGCUGUAGGACGACCGCGGGGAAAACGAGGCAAAUUCAAAAAGAAGAAUCGGACGGGCUGGCCGAACAAGAGAAAACAGAAAAAAGAAUCUCGAGGCGACAGCAUUGAGUCCGAGAAAGCUGAGAGCGUAGAGAGAUCCUCGGCCGAGCCGCCCGAUGAUGACACCGCACGAGAUAUUGUCAGCGAGGAGGACGCCGAACCUUCAGAGCUCGAAAAUGAAGAUCCGCCCGACAUGACCACGCACACUACACAGGAUCGAACAUCAAUCGACUCCCAAGAAACAAAAACAAAUGUCGACUUAAAAUUAACUCCAUACAAAAGCGAGAGCAAAAGAGACUCCGAUUCGGAGAAAGAUGACAACAAGAGCGUGUCGGAAGAUGAGAAAGAGCUGAAAAAGAAGAAGCGUGCAUUGCAGGGUCUAUGUGAAUGGUUGCAGCCUGUAGUGCGUGUGGCGCGGGUGGAGACGCGCACUCUGCGCUCUGCCGCACGGCCUGCUUCGCGAACCAGACCGCUGCGGUAGCAUCCCCGCCACUAAACAAUAAUAAUGUUCCUUCUCUUCACAUCAAGUGUUGCGGUUUUAUUAAGUGAUUCGGUGAGUGCCUUUUGAAGUUGUGGAAAAGACUCGAAAUAUUGUUCAAGAACCGCUCACAGCAUCAGUGUAUGUACACUUAUAUACUUUAAUCACUGCAGUCUCCUGAUCUCGCUAGACUCUGCAUGAAAUGAACUACAGUUGACUUAGAAUGAUGUGUGACCGUGAAUAAGUUUAUUUAUUUCUUAUGUAAAUAUGAUUUAGUUAUAAUGUUUGCAUGGACCCUUAAUAGGUGACUUAAUUUUGGAGUUGAUAAUUAUUAAAGGAGCUGUGCAGUAUUUUGUUUAAUUUUAAUCUUUUUCAAUAACUUUGAUUGUUUUUCAGACGCUUUUUAUAAUUAAAUAUAGUAUAUUAUGUUAACUAAAGAAAAUGCUAUUAACAAAUUUUGUAAUAAAGAAUCUUUAAGCUCUGAAAAACUCAUUUGUUGUUAGUCUUUUUUUGUUAGUCAAAUUAUUAUAGAUCUGUUUUGAACAGGUUAUUUUGUUGAGCUCUGUGAGGAAUGAAAAUUAAAGUGGCUGGAAAUGAUCGUGUUCAACAAAAGACGCUCGUUUCGAGGCUUGGAACUUCGAAUUUACUUUGUACAUAGCAUUGUAAUUUAUGUAAGAUGUUAAUGUAUGCAUGUGUAAAAAUGUACAUUGUGAUCAAACUGUAUACAUUUUAAGUGGUGGUAAUUAAUAUGUUGCCAAACCAAAAAAUAAUCAAUUCAAUUUCAUUUAUUGUACUUUUUUGUGACAAAUUUAAUAUACACAGAAAAAAUGUGACUAGCAUUUGAAAUGAAAUAUAAUUGUGAACUCAUGAAGUGGGUGAGACGCGAAACUUGAGUGUGGACAUGAACUUGAUACGAUACAAUCUGUGACUACUAUUGGCAUUGUUAAUGUCUGCAAACAACAUUUACCUUUCUCGAUUGCAGCCUAUAUACAGUCUUGCAUUCUGUGGCAAUUACGACAAAGCAAUAGUUCUUGUAAUUUGAUUAGGAUUGCUGUAAUUCUGAUUAUAUAUAAAUUGACUAUAAAAAAAAGAUCAUUAUCUGUCAAAUGCAGUACACAUAUUAAAGUCUCCAUAGGGACAAAUCUAUAAUUUUUUUUUACUGUUCCAUAAUGUUCAAGUUUCGUAUCCACUACCGCUACCCAGUGUGUAACUUAGUGUACAAAAGUAACAAUGUAUGCUUAGAAGUUUUUUCUUUUAUAAAUGGUUGAGUUGACGGAGAUGGGAAAGAGAUGCAGGGGGAACCAAAGUAUUAUUUGUGUACUAGUUGUUUCAUUGUUUACUGUUAGUAUAAUUCAAAAUAUAGUACAUUCCAGAAUUUUAUUGAACUGCUGUUAUAGUGCAAUACCGUAGUAGAUUUUAACAUUGUACAUAACCUUUCAACUCUUGACGUCCAAUGGAAAACGUAGUGAUGUAAUGAAACACCUACCAAGAAUAAUCUUGUGUAACUAACCUAAAUACAAAUAUAUUACCGUUUUGAAUAAGUAGUUUAUCAAUAAAACCAGAUGAGACUUUUCUCUUGGACAAAAUAAUAGAUUUCAAAUACUUGAUGUAAAAAUUUCUGAAACUUUUAAAGAUUACUUUCUCAAAUCUGUAGUAUCUCAAUGUUGCCUGUAUAAUUAAACCGAAUGAACCAUCAAAAUUUCCGUAAAUAUAAAAAUUUAAGAUCUGAUUCACUUUUCAGUAGUGCGUGUAAGUGUUGUGUUUUAUUAUUAAAAAAGUGAUAAUCCACCGAUUGUGUUGACCCCUGUCUCCUGAUAUUCCAAAUAAAGUUGUAUAAAAUAUGAUAA